AUGGGGUAUUGUGCUGAAGGCAUUUCUGAACGGCCUUGCCGCAAGUGGUGUUGCUUUCCCCGGAGCAGGACCGGCCUACACGCCAACGUACGACCUUCACCGUACUCAUCCAACACGUACCGACACAUCCAUGACAACCUCGUCAUCGUCCGGAAGCAGCACGGGUCGAAGGUCGAGAAGGUUUCUCCCGCGGCGGACGACCGAUGUUUCGACGAUGACAACGACCUCCGCAUCCACAUCGACCUCGACAAUCUCGACGAGAAAAUCACGAAAGUUCCGACUGCGACGCACCAGCACUUCGUCAACAGCGUCAUCAAUUCCACCAGUUCCAUCAAUAACAUCCAAAGAGAUCAGUCCGUUCUAGAGAAGAGGUCAAGAGGGUGUCGGAAAUCAACCUCGUCAAGAUUACAGUGGACGAGGACCAAGGUCAAUCCUCUUCGAUGGGUUUCGUGGGUACGGUGGCCUAGUUUGAUAACCAAUUUGGAGCAGCUUCCCAUGAUCUAGAGAGGUUUUGUCAAUCAACCAAGCGAAGAUGGGAGGAUUCAACACUGCUGCUAUGUAGACCAAUGCCGUUUCUGGGCAUCUGUACGGCGCGAUUGACAACUCUGGUGGUGGACACAUUUGCAAUUGAUCAGUCUGGGAUGGAUUCUAA